AUGAACAAUCGGCGAUUCAAUUUGCAAGAUGAAGUUAAUGGGGAGGAGAAUCGUGAAAGAAUGGGAGCUGGAGUUUUUAUGCUGAUUUUAUUAGCGAUCCCACUACAAUAUCUUAUGUCGGAAAAUUAUGGCGUUGCGGUGAAUCAACGGAACAUGCAAUCGCUACAACUCGUCACGGGCGCGACGCAUUUUGCCAAAACAUGGCUAGAUCCAUCAAAAUGGGAAAAGCGCUUCGCAGAGUUUCAAGAUUACAUUGACAAGCUGGCCGAUGAGUUGGAGGAGAAACAGAAAAAGAUCAAAAACGCAAAGAAGAGCUUUAGUAAAGAGGGGGAAACACCAGCACAUGAAGUCAUUUCAUAUCUUGGUCAGAAUAUGGGAUACUAUGCGCAUUCCACGAGAGUGAGAGAGAGAAAACAACUGAUUCGAUAUCGAGUGGGGCAAACUUUCCAACACAAGAAUCUGGGCUAUUAUGGCGUAAUUGUCGGCUGGGAUGAGACCUGCAGAGCGCCACCAACAUGGCAGCAACAAAUGCUUGGAUCAAACUGGAAAGAAAAGUGCAAACAACCGUUUUACGCGGUGCUCACCAGCUCGGGUGACUCACGAUAUGUCAUGGAAGAAAACAUCAAAUUGAUUAGUGGCAACACAAAGAUGACAAAUUCACAGCAGUUGUUCGAGUUCCUAGUGGAGAGAAAUAAAAGAAUCGAAGACUACAUGGACGCGUAUGAUGUUGCUGGUAGCAGAUUUAUGCCAAGACCGGCAGUUGACGCGCUGUAUCCUGACGACUAG